UGUUAACUUUGUCCUUCACAUGCUGGGCGCAUUGUAAUGACGUAUUAUUUUUGCGACUGAUGCAGACUGCGGUGAAACGACCGUUACCCUGAUUUUCCAGGUUUAACGGUGUGUUGUUGCACCGUGAUGAAUAAAAGCAAAGUUAAUGGUGUAUCUUGGGUGAAAACAGCGGAACCUUCCUUUUUGAAGAAGUUUAAAAAUGACGUUGGCUACAAACAAGGGCCGACUGUUGACACAAAGCGUCAGAAGAUGCCGGCACUGGAUGAUGAUAAUGGGAGUGAUCGAGAAGAUGAAUUACCUCAAGUUGUUGUUCUUAAAGAUGGAGACCUGACCUCGGAGGAAGUUAAACAUCUCAAGGAAGGAAUAUACCCGAAGGGAGGUUCAGAGAAAUGUGAUGAACCCUCCCCAGAUGGUAAAAUCCUGUUCAAGAAACCAGCUAAGCGCUCCUCCGUUGACAAAUUUCAAGGAAUAACUGCCAGCUCCAGCAAAAAAAAGAGGGAUGCAGUAAAGAAAGAAGAGAAGAAGGAUGUGAAUUCUGCGAAAAAAGUGAAAAACAGCAGCCUUUUGUCCUUUGGUGGAGAUGAGGAGGAGGUGGAAGACUAGUCUGAUACUGCUCAUCUAAGCAAUUAAAUUCAUGUAGGAAGGAAGGAAAAAAUACAUGGUGUGACAGAACUUGUGUUUUUUGUGUUGUUUAGCCCAACUAUAAAUUCUCCAAUCCUCCUCCUCCCCCAUUCAUUCAUUUUCCAUAUCACAUAUCCUAACUAGGGUUGCGGGCGUACUGGAGCUAGUUGGGGGGCCUAUACCCUGAACUGAGCGCCAGCCAUUUAUAGGGCACUUACAAACAACCGUUCGCACUAAUCUUCACAUUCAUACUGUCAUGAACGGGGCUCGAGGGCGGACCCAAAUGCACAACUCCAGAGACAAGCAAGCAGUACAGAGGAAACCUUUAUUCGGUCCAAGGUCGGGGAUCAGGCAGACAGUCCAAACAAGCAGAGGUAAUAGUAACGGCAGGCUUACGAGGAUGGUCAGGGGACAGGUGUGGGUCGGUACACGGAAGGUAGACGUCAGGCAAACGGGAGUGCGGGAACGAGGCAUCAAAGGCAACAAUCUGGCGGAGGACUAGUCGUCCCCCGGGUCCUAUAUAUAUACUGAGUGUCAUCAACGUUCAUGAGGCGCAGGUGUGUGUCUACUGAUUGGCUGGCCACGCCCAGCCUGGACUGGAAGCCAGGAGCAUGACACAUACAGUCACUGUGUGGGAAAUGAACCCAAGCUGCCCACACCAAAGGCAGGCAAAUGUACCCUAACCCCAUCUAACACCCAUGAGUGUAGUGUUUCCAUUUAGUCUCAAUUUCUUAACAUCAUGAAAGUCAUUUUCUGCUCUAAUUCAGAAUUCUAAGACAGUGCUACAGGGGGACUUUUUGUCACUUUUUAAUAAACCAGUAAAGGCCAAAGCAAAUUACUUUAGUCAUUGUCUAUAGUGUCAAUUUCAGAAAUAAUAGUUUACAGUUAAUAAGAUUACAUUUACUGAUUUCCAUCUAAGGCAACAUGGUGGCAGACUAGUUAGCAUAUCCACCUCACAGUUCUGAGGCGCCUGUGCACGUUUUCUCUUGGUACUCUGGUUAGGUUAUGGCCCCAUCACACAUGACGUUCUGGUCAGCGUUCUAUAGUGUUUGAGGAAACGUUGGUAGUUGCCCAUGGUCACCGGGAUAGCUCCAGAAGAGCGUUGUUUGAACGUUAGUGAACGUCAAUGAUCGCUGGGAAUCGGCGAAGAACGCCGGUCCGGAAAAAAAGUUUUGAACAUGCACAAAAGUUCUCACCGAGACCAGCGUUCAUCAACGUUUAAUUUUAAACGCUGCAGAACGUUCAAGAACAUCCGUGGAACGUUUUACUGAGGUUCGCCGAGCGUUGCACGCGUUUGCCUAUCGUUAGUCAGUCGUAACUCUAGCUUUACUUGGUUGUUACUUAAUCGUUUGCUUUGCAGUGAACGACUCACUGGCAACCUGUCAACGCCCACUGAAUAAUCCCGUAGCUCACACAGCGUGUAACCAAAUUGAAACGAACGUCGUUUGGUGUCCAUUGAGCGUCAUUCGAGCGUUUCCCGAACUUCCAUGCAUAUGGGUAUAUAAACCGAUGCUUUGUAAAAGCAAGGUCCAUUUAAUAUUAAGCUAUAGUAGAGAGCACCUACUAUGGAAGAUCCAGAAAGCAGCAGUUCGUUUUCGCGGAAAAACUCCACCAGACUAUCCUCAACAGCCCGGUCCAGGAUCCUGCAAUCCUGUCUCUGCUUCUUUUGUCUCUUUGUCGGACCGUCCUCACUGGGGUUUGCAAGGUGUUUAGGGUCCCCAGGGGGUGUCACAUGGUGCGUGACUUCGCGGACGUGCUCUUCCUCCUGCUGUUGUUUUUCCUCCAAACACAUUGCUCGUGAUGAAAGAGGCUUAGCUUUCUUACUAGCAUCGCUAGUUGCUGAUGUCCUUCCCCUAACUUUUUUCUUCCCGGCGGAAUGUUCUAACUGUUCUAACUCACGACAACGACUGAAGUGACUACGAACUUUCCAACGUUUUAGUCCCGGUUCCACUGUAAAAAUUACAUGCCAGCAAAACGCUUUUCUGUCAUUAUUCACCCAUUGGUCACACGCUCAACACACUCGCCUUACAUUGACAAAUCGCUCGUCGCGCCUCAAUGACACGUUUGCACACGCUAAUUGUUUUUAGGGGUAUCUUAUUUGGUCGCUGUUACACGUUUUUCGUGCGUUAGACACACGUUAAGUCAUACGUUAGACACACGUUAAUCACACACCAGAUGUGUCAUCCGCGUUUGGGAACGCUGAAAAAUAGAAUGAUUGAAACGUUCAGAGGACAUUGACCAGAACGUCAUGGUGUGACGGAGCCUUUAAUUGAAGACUAAACUGGCCAUAGGUGUGAAUGUAAGGGAGAACAGUUUAUAUCUCUCUGUGUAUCUUCACUCCCUCCUGCAGUUAGCUGGGAAGGGUGCCAGCACGCCAGUGGCCCUAGUGAGGAAAACCAGUAUGCAACAAUGGAUCAAUUUGUAUUUAUAAAGUUAUAAGCACCUUAAGCCCAACAUUGAUAUGGGUUGUAAUCACACCCGAAUAAUACAUUUCAAAUACCAGCAUUAUCUGUACUCUGUUGUCUAAUUUUAAAUCAUUGUUUAGCUCUUUACUUAGUUUGAUGUCUAAGGUUUAUCAAGAAACCCAUGUAUUACCUGUAUUAUUAUUAAGUUCUUGGUUCCAGGUCCAGUUAUCAAAAAAAAAAAAAAAAAAUCAUACUCCUGGCUCAGUAGUCCCAAUUGGGAUGUAGCCAUGGUACCAAUGUAGCUUCUCCACUGGUAAAUAUUUAAAUUUCAUGUAGAAGUAUGUCUAUUAGGACUGUUCAGUAACUCGGCUCCUGCAUGUACAUAGUAGGUCUGAAUUUGUUGUAUAAUUGUUGCGUAAAUUCCCAUGUUAGAAUCGUAAUACAUUCAAUUAUGCAUUGAAUGUAUAUUUUCUAGCUUCAAAGGGAAGCUGUCAAUGUGUCAGUGCAUUAGUUUUAAUGCUGUUGUAGAUCUUGAUGUAUCAUUUCAUUUUUAAGCGUCAUCUGAAUAUUAAAUAUUUCAGUCAA